AUGCAUCUCCCGUGGUCAUCCAUCCUGACGGCAGUGACGCUGCUGGCCCCCAGCGCGCUAUGCACGACGCAGAAGAAGAACACAACGCAGUAUUCGAUCCAAGAGCUAUGGAACCUGGAACGAAACUUCUGGGACAACUUCCUGUACCCGGCGAACCUGGAACAAACCAAAGCCAUCAACUCGACGCUCUUUGCACCUGAUGCAUGCCGCGUCGACAUCACGCGAGUCUUCAACGGCAGCACACUCAACACCGAAUACCUGUUCGGCCUCUUCUCGGACCCAACGCACCUCAGCCUAGUAGGGGUACCCAUCGACUACAGCAUCACGCAAUUCACAGCCGCCCCCAACACGAACAUCGCCGCGGCAACAACAGUCGUCACCUUCAACGCGACCUCCUUCAACAACCUGCUUCUCCCGGUGACAAUCGACACCUGGAUCAUGUGGAACGCGGCGGGACAGAUCUCGCAAUACGACGCGACCUUCCGCUGGUUCGGGUUUUUGGUGGAUACGCUGAUCGGCGCGCUCGCCAGCCAGAUCAACGGCACCACCGCGGAGGCCACGGCGUAUUUGACGCAGCUGCUCGCGACGCAGAUCUGCGCGACGCACGACGCGUACUGCACGGGUGGGAAUAAGCAGUAUGAGAGCGCGGACGCGUGCUAUGCGUUUUUGACCACUGGUAUUCGGCUCGGGAAGGAUUACGAGCUGGGCCGCAAUACGUUGCUGUGUCGCGAGGUGCAUGAGCAUAUGGUGCAGUAUGAUCCGUCGAUGCAUUGUCCGCAUAUUGGGCCCACGGGGGGCGAGUAUUGUGUUGAUGAUCAGAGUUAUGCGGAGAAGGUUUUGCAGAGGUAUUUUCGCGAGUCUUGGGUUAUUCCUGUUCCUGGGGUCCAGGGGGAGGGGCAGGAGGGGGAUGUUUGGAUUUAG